UUCCCACACGCAUACUCCCACCGAGAUGCCCGGAGCUGUCGUCUCCCCGUAAGCAACGAAGAAAGCAAAGGCUCUAGAUCUCUCCCGCAGUUCCCAUAUAUUUCGUCUACAUCCUAUAGCCUCAGCCCUCGGCACACGCGAUAGUAUCCCAGACAGAAACCUACUCCCAUCAAAUCUGUGGAAAAUUAGAGAGAGCCUUGACUCUGUCCAACUUCUCUCCUAGCCUUGGAAUCUCCAAUUUCCACGCUAUUUUUCUCUUCCUUCCUAUUCUUCUUAUAGUUUUCUUUGUGCUCUAUUCCCAGUUUCCCCAUUUUGAAGGCCAUACAGGAUGGGGUGCAGCACUACUCUGUUCCUGGUUCCUACCCAAUUAAAGCAACACCCUUCUUCCUUGGAUCUCAAGAGAACCCCCUUCCUCCUCCUUGGGAAGCGGCCUAGACGAAAACGAGCCAUCGUUCCGGCGGCGAGGUUAUUUGGGCCGGCGAUCUUCGAGGCGUCCAAGUUGAAGGUAUCGUUCCUCGGAGUCGAUGAGGAGAAGCACCCCGGGAAGCUCCCCCGGACCUACACCCUCACCCACAGCGACAUCACCGCCAAGCUCACCCUCGCCAUCUCCAACACCAUCAACCGCGCCCAGCUCAAGGGCUGGUACAACCGGCUUCAGAGGGAUGAGGUGGUGGCAGAGUGGAAGAAGGUCCAGGGCAAGAUGUCCCUCCACGUCCACUGCCAUAUCAGCGGCGGCCACUUCCUCCUCGACCUCAUCGCCAACCUCCGUCACUACAUCUUCUGCAAGGAACUCCCAGUAGUGUUGGAGGCGUUUGUUCAUGGAGAUAGGAAUCUGCUCAACAAUUACCCGGAACUGGAGGAGGCUCUGGUGUGGGUCUAUUUCCACUCUAACCUGCCGGAGUUCAACAGGGUGGAGUGCUGGGGGCCGCUUCGUGACGCGGCUUCGGGGGGGCGGGGGGAGCCCGGGGAGUCGCCGCUGCCGCCGCCGCCGCCGGGGUCGUCGUGGGAGUGGCCGCAGCGGUGCCCGGUGGACUGCGACUGCUGCUUCCCGACCCGAAGCUUGAUCCCCUGGCCGCAUGACUUCGACUUCCACGAGAAGUACCGGGAAUCCGCCGGGCAACCGCAGUAGCAGCGAGGUGAUGAAAUGCUCCAGCAAUCUAAACUCUGGUGAUCGAGUAGCCUUGGGUUAAAAAGGGGGAAAGAAAAGCAGAGUCCAUUGCUGAUUCUUUAAAAUAUUGAAUUCUGCUCCAUAAACUAUGGUGUAUACAUUCGCAUAAAAUUGUGCUGUAAAAAGAUUAAAAGAACCGAUUGUGUAAAUAGUUGAAGGAAAUCCUGUAGCUUAGAAUUACUCAAUCCAAUUGGAUCUCCUGCGUGAUAUGACAAGAGCUGUCCAUGCAGGAAGAUAAGAUGGCACUCGCACAGCUACUAAAUUGCCCGGGCCCAGACGAACGGUGCGCCUAUGGAGGUUUUGAAGCGUAGUGAGAUGAGAGUUUCGUGUUAAUUUGAAUGGUAGGAAGGUGAACUAAUG